AUGAGCCACUUUUCUGUCACGCUUGCGCUGGUGCUGGCGAUCGUGGUCUGUGCUACAGCUAAGCCACAGAACCAAUAUUCGCAGCAAAACUUUAACCGGAAUGCGGGCAAUUUCAACCGCAAUGCGGGAGUUGGCCAACAGCAGCAUCAACAGCAGCAACAUCAGCACCAGCAGCAUCAGCAUCAACAGCAGCAGCAGCAGCAGCAGCAACUUCAGUCUCAGCAACACUUUGCGCAUCAACGCCAAGCACAAGCCCUUCGAGCGCCUUUAUUACCACCUCACAACCCGAACCAAUUCAGCCAAAGAUUACAGCAACCCUUCCCGAACGCGAUCCGCCCGUUCGUACCCAUCACGUCCUACAGCAACGACGUCUCAUACGAUGGGACCUAUUCGUACGCGUACACGACCGGUGAUGGGCAGCAGCAACAGGCCCAGGGCUACCUGAAGAACGCUGGCCUGAAGGACCUCGAAGCCCAAUCCGUCCAAGGCUCGUACUCGUACACGUCCCCCGAAGGGCAGCUGAUUACGGUGACCUACAUCGCGGACGAGAACGGUUUCCGCGCCGAAGGAGCUCAUCUGCCUACGCCACCUCCGAUCCCGGAGGCGAUCCAGAAAUCGCUCGCCCUGAUCGCACAGACGCAACCGGUUUCGGCGCAGUUUAAUGCCGCCUACAACACGGGUCGGUUCAACCAGCAGGGCAGUAUUCCAUCGAUCCUGCUAGUGGCGUCGCUGGUGGCGGUGUGUUCGUGUGCGCGGCUUGACAACAACUACCUGCCGCCGCCGGGAGCGGCCUCUGCUGGAGGUGGUCCAGGACUGACGGCACCCGCGGCUGGUGGUCCUCGGCCUGGUGGUGGUGCUCCGGGUGGUUUUGGAGGUCCUGGAACGGCCCCGGGAGGCGGUGGUUUCGGUGGAGGUGCUGGUGGAGCGCCCUCUGGUGGUGGAUUUGGUGGUGCAGGACCCAGCGCCGGUGGAUUCGGUGGUCAAGCUCCACGACCGGGUGGUGCUGGAGGUGCUCCAGCAGGUGGACGUCCUGGAACGCCUGCUCCGGCUUAUGGCCCACCGUCGAGCGGAUUCGGUGGAGGUGCCCCGUCGUCCUUUGGUGGCGGUGCUCCAGCUCCUUCGGGUGGAUUCUCUUCGGGCGGUGCAGGAGGAUUCGGUGGUGGAGCUCCAGCACCUGCUCCGGCUGGUCCCAGCCAACCUCCGAUUGAGAUUAUUUCGUACGAAAACAUGAACAACGGCGAUGGAACGUACAAGUACAGCUACGAAACGGCCAACGGCAUUAAGGUACAGGAACAGGGAGAUAUCAAGAACAAGGGCUCCGACAACCCAAUCCCGAGUGUGCAAGGAUCUUACUCGUACACGGCCCCAGACGGACAGCUCAUCACCGUGACGUACAUCGCCGACGAAAACGGCUUCCAGCCACAGGGUGAUCAUUUGCCAACGCCACCUCCGAUCCCAGAGGAGAUCCGCAAGGGCCUUGAGGCGAUCGCGGCCGCUCAGGCUGCAGGAGGUGCCGGAGCGGGAGGUCCCAGUGGAGCCGGAGGAUACCCGGGAGGUGCCGGAAAGCCAUCUCAAGGCUACCCAGGCUCAGUGACCGGUUCGGGAGGAUAUCCUUCGGGUGGUGGAGCGGCCGGAUCCGCACCAGGAGCUCGUCCUGGUCAGCAGGGUGGCUAUCCGAGUGGGCCGGCUGGUGGUGGUGCGGCCGGAUAUCCGGCUGCCGGUGGACCAGGAGCAGCUCCCGGAGGUCCUGCAGGAUACCCAUCGGGUGGUCCGAGCUCGCCGGGCGCCUCUCGUCCCAGCGCGCCUGGAAGACCGUCCGGAAAUGGAUCGUUCAGUCCGCAGUCCGGUUACCAGUAUUAA